AUGCUUAAUUUCUACCAGAAACAUAGGCUAAGAAUCCUGAAAACCACAUAUGUGCUGCUUAUUUUGACCAUGUUCAGGAGCCUCCAACCGCGUCUGCAGAGCGGACACGGUCGAGAGCAGUUCGAACAUUCGCCGUUGAAACGCAAUCGGGAGAAAAUCGACUCGUCCACGGCCUCAACUACGGCAACAACAGAGCUCGAGCUCGAAUCACCGUCGCGACAACCGUCUCAGUCGCAGUCGCAACUGGGGGACGAGCUCAAACUUGAAGAGGACGGCGUGGGCAACUCUGGCAAAACCACUCCCAAAGAAACUCCCAAAAUUGGGCCCUCCAGAGCAAAUUUCCUGUUUCGCUUGCUGAUCAAAGAUCGCAAAUGCGUGGCUCUAUUUCUAUUUCAAGCUUCUCUUUUGGUCAUACGCACCGUGCUGUCGCUACGUGUAGCAACACUGGACGGACUGCUUGUAUCGCGACUGGUCAAAGCCGAGUACCGCAAGUUUGUGCAAGUAUUGCUCGGGCAAUGGAUGGUUUUGGGGAUUCCCGCCAGUAUCGUCAACUCCUUGAUCCACUACAACACCCGGCUGUGUGCUGUGACGGUAAACCGCAUCAUCUCAAAACAUCUGCUAGAUCGCUACAUGUCAUCCCACCACACGUUUUAUACAGUCAACAAUAUUCCACAAGGAAGCUCGCAGCUUGUCACGUAUAACUCCGCAGGCAGUGUCAGCAACAAUACCGAGGAAUUAGCCCGCUCGGACUUGUCUGUCCAAUACCUAACUCGCGACGUCGGCGCUUUCUCCUACAGCUUGUCUGUUUUGUUGAAUCAACUUCUAAAGCCCACUCUUGACUUGCUGUUAUGCUCAUUCAAACUUGUAUCCAGUGCAAACAAUGGCAUGAUGGGUGAAGGCACCCUUGUUCUCGGAAUCAUCGUACACAUCAGCAAUAUGCUGCUCAAAAUGAUCCAGCCCAAUUUCACAAAACUCGCUAUUCAAAGAACCCAUUUGGAAGGAAUUUUCCGGAGCUCUCACUCCAAGAUCCACUCUAGCAAUGAGGAAAUUGCCCUUAUGAAGGGCCAAUCUACCGAACUGUGGAACCUGGAUUACAGGUUCUACCAGCUGGCAAUAUUUCUCAAUAAAGAACUCAAGCUGCAUUCAAUCUACGAUUUCGCAACCACAUUUGUGAUCAAAUAUACCUGGGGAGCCGCCGGCCUUGUUUUAUGUUCCAUACCUAUCUUCUUUCAAAAACAGCAUGGGAACGACAUCACUGCCGAGUUCAUUACUAAUCGCAGAUUGCUACUCACGGCAUCCUCGUCAGUUGGUCGCUUUGUGCAAUUGAAGAAAAGUGUUCAGCAACUAAGAGGGGUUUCCUUGAGACUGAGACAAUUUGACAGCAGACUUGAUGUUCCCAAUAACUCGACCGAUCUAGAAACAAACGAUUCGCUGGUAGAAUACGAUGACGCUAAGAUCCAAUUUAUCAAUAUUCCACUUGUCACACCAACUCUGCAGACACUGAUACCAGAGCUCAAUUUCGAGUUGCGUCAAGGCGACCACUUGCUGAUUAUUGGACCCAACGGAUGCGGCAAAUCAUCUUUGUUUAGGGUCCUUGGAGGCUUGUGGCCUAUAAUGAAAUCGUUCACACAUCCAGAAAAGGAGUCUAAACUUAUCAUGCCGCCUCGAAUCGGGCCCAACGGGGAGAAGCCGAUUUUCUACCUUCCUCAAAAGCCAUUCAUGGGUAACAAAUUUACGUUCCGUGAGCAAAUAAUAUACCCUGACACCAUGGACAGGUUCGACGACAAAUACAACGGGGACUAUGUGAAAGGUCACAAUGAUUUAAUUGAAAUUUUGCAUGUUCUGGAGCUAGAUGAUCUUCUAACCGAGAACAUGUCUAUAGUAAUGGCAAUGUCUCCUGACAAUCUAAACAAAGAUUCCGAAGUAUCCAUACAGGACGCGUUUGACGUUGUGCGAAACUGGUCCGAAGAACUCUCUAUCGGUGUUCAGCAAAGGCUCGCGAUGGCCAGAAUGUACUACCACAAGCCAAAAUUUGCCGUACUCGAUGAAUGUACGUCUGCUGUAUCCCCACAAAUGGAACAAAAAAUGUACACACAUGCGCAGGAGCUUAACAUAUCGCUCAUAUCUGUCUGUCACAGAACGACCCUGUGGCAUUUCCAUAAUUAUCUUUUGAAAUUCGAUGGGGAAGGUUCGUGUGAGUUUGGCCAUUUCGACCCACAGCAAAGGCUCCAGGAUGAGGAGAAAUUAAUUGAACUAAACGCUCGCCUGGAGAAGGACGUUCCCCUCUGGACUAAAAGAUUACAAGAGCUCAUCAUUGCCCGGAAGUCAAGCGUUUUAAGGAAAUCUCAAACCAAUUUGGCUUCGCUCGGUUCGAGGCGUAAUCUUGCUCUUACGCAGAAAUCGGUAGAUGCCCAAUAA